AAUAAAGAUACGUAAUUAUUCUUAAGAAUAAUUGUUAAUAACUAAUGUGACACAAUAUUUUAUGAGUUAUUAUAUUAUAACUUGAAUUAAAAUGGGAUCUAAAACUUUUGAAGGUGUUACAGAUAGAUACAAUGGUAUUACAGUAGAUUCUCAGGAAGAACCUUGUGAAAUAGAUCAACUCUCAAAUCAGCUAAAUGAAUCGAUAAGAACGUGGUCUGAAGCGAAAAAACGCUGUAUAUGGUUCAAAGUUAACAUCAAAGAUGCAGCUUGGGUGCCAGUGUUAGCUAACGAAGGCUUCAACUUCCACCAUGCCAGAGACAAUUUUGUAAUGAUGUACAAAUGGCUUCCUGACACUCCAUCAAACUUACCACCAGCUUGUCAUACAAAUCUUGGUGUUGGUGGAAUGGUAUUUAAUGAUAAAAAUGAAAUAUUAGUAGUUGCUGAAAACUACAUUGAGUUCCCACAUUGGAAACUUCCUGGUGGAUAUGUAGAAAGAGGAGAAGACAUAAAAGAUGCAGCCAUAAGAGAAGUAAAAGAAGAAACAGGAAUUGAUGCUACUUUCGAAUCUAUGGUUACACUGAGACAUACCCACAACACAAUGUUUGGAAACUCUGACAUCUAUGUAAUUGUCUUAUUGAAAGCCACAUCUGAAAUAAUUACGAAAGCUGACAAUGAAAUUAAGGCAUGCAAAUGGAUGCCUAUUGAGGAAUAUAUGAAUCACCCUGAUGUCCUAGAGUUCAACAGAUUUAUUGCUAGGCAAGCUUUAGAUCUCAAAACUAGAAACUUAAAAUUGCAGCUUCGUAAAGAGAUGCUUAGAAUUAAAAAUUUGACCAGGGAAAUGACAGCCGUUGUAAUAGAAGAUCUUGAUAAAUAACUGUUGUAGCAGUGUUCAGGGUCAUAUGAUAAUAGCAAAGUUGUAUAGAGAUAAGUUAUAUCUUAAUAUUAUGAAGAAGAUAACAAUAAGUUGUUAAUUUAUACACCAUGUUACAAUUAACUUCCGUCUAUUACAUUCUAAUAUAGCUUUACCAUAGUGAUUUCUGAUUGAUAGCUUUGCAAAUACUUGUCUAUAGAAUGUGCUUAAAUAUAUAUUUUUAUUCUUAUACAAAUAAUACGUACAGUUUUAAAAUGUGAUAAUAUUAAAAUGUAGGGAUUACUUUAAAUCAAUAAUAAAAUCAUAUUUAAAAUCAUUACCAUGUAUUAUUUAUGAUUAUUUUGUUACAUAAUUCAGUUACACAAUUAAUCAGCUGACAAUGGACUUCGUAAAACAAGAAUAUUCCAUUUAUGUACAACAUUGUUUAUCCUGCAAUCUUAUAAUUUGUAAACUGAAUUACCUAGCUACUAUAUUAAAAUGUACCUAUAAUGAUUUUAUGACUAUAAAUUUGUUACAAAUAAAUUAAACAUUAACCAAUUUUUACAAGUAAUCUUUCCACCUAAUAUAAUUAUAACCUUUAACAAAUGUUUUAAAUGACAAAGCAGAAGCAAAGUAUAUUUACAUAGCAAGUUCAACAAAUUGACCUCUUACAUCAUUUUUGUUUCUAAACUCUGUGUUGAUUGUGUUGCUAGUACACAUUUUAAAAGUUCUAAAGUCACAAUGUGAAUUUCAUGCACAAAGAUCAAGGACUGAGUAGUGAAUGUGUAAACAAUGAGCAAUUUGUGAAUGGCAUGUUGACUAAUUUCAAAUAAUGUGCAUGCCAUGCUUGCUUAAAUUGUGUACAGGCUGUUCAAAUGAGGCCUACAUAUAAUUGAUCUAGUCUUUAAUACAAUAUUUUAUCUGUUGCCUUACUAAAACCUAAUUAAAUAAAUAUUUAAGGAAAUUCCUAAAUUUGUCACUUUCCCUGACUGCUUACAAUAUCAACUUAUAAAAAUGAAUAUAACAGAACUCCAACCAAAUGGAAAAAUAAUAUGAAGAUCAUGAUACAACACCAGAAUUGGAACCUUCAGUUUAUGUGAAUUACUUGAUUAGGUACACCACAAUAACUGAUAAAUAUUACAACUCUAUGUUCGUGAAGAUACUAUGACCCUAACAAGGUUGAGGAAUGAUGAGAUAUACAACAUGUUGUAAGAAUGUAAAUAAAAAGCGAUUGUUUAUUAUAUAAUGUUAAUGAUCAUUUAAAUUCAAUAAUCAUAUUGAAAAUGGCCAGGUGUAGUUACACA